UGCAUCAGACUAAUUUCCGCAGUGAUGCAGGUCAUUUUAAUUGCUUUUUUAAUUUCCGUUGGUAUUAUACUUUGCUUGCCGCAGGAAGGCAGUCCUCCAGGGCUUCGAAUAGUCAAUGGUACGAACGCGUCCGUCAAUUCGCGACCCUACCAUGCCCUGAUAAGCGGCAAAUCCGACCUUUACAACGGAGCGUGGGCAUGUCAGGGUGUACUGAUUUCCAACAACUAUAUUCUAACAAGUGCCAUGUGCGCUUGGGACGCGGAUCGCAUCAACAUUACUCUAGGGCUUAACAGCGUCGCCAAUCAAACCGGGGUCAUAUAUUACCAAACCACCGGCGACAGCGUAACGUUUCAUCCGAGGUACUCGAAGGGAGAAGUCUACGACAACCUAGCUUUAAUUCAGCUACCGCAGCCGGUCACACCCAGCGACACCGUCCGAAGCGUUCAAUUGCCUGACCGAUCCCAAGCGAACAAUUUGUUCGAAAACGUCACGGGGGUGGUCAGCGGGUGGGGAAAUACGGAUUCCGACCUCUACAAUAGUACUCCUGCUGUAUUGAAAGAGUCGCAGCAGAGAGUGAUGAAUUGGCUGGAGUGCGAGGACACGUUGUGGUAUUUCAUCGACGAGAAUCUAAUAUGUACGAUGGGGAUCGACGGCGUUCCCUGCAUCAGCGAUCACGGGGCGCCCCUAAUCAUAAAUAACCAACUGAUCGGGGUAUUGUCGGAAGCCAGCAACAAUUGCACGAUCCCAGUUCCUUCCGUGUUCACCAAGAUCCCGAUGUACUUAGACUGGUUGGCCCAAAAUACCGACGUCAACGUUACAGCUUUGUGAUAAAUUUAUUAAAGCAA